AGAAAUGGGGAAGAUAAUGGAAAUGGAAGCUCAAGACACCUACUUAGCAUUUGCAGUGCAGAUGAAGGUUCACAUAAUGUUGAUAAAGAUUUUCCCCAGCUAUUACCACCCUUGAGACAAAAUUCAAUGCCAUCAAGAGGAACUAUUGAGGCCAUUGCAACAAGAGCUCAAAUGCAUAGGAGGUCAAUGGGUUCAGUAUCAGAUAGGAGUUUAGGUGACUACUGGAGAAAAAGCCUGGAAGAUACUCUUCCUCAAGAAAGAUUACAAGAGCCUCCAGAUAAUGUCACUGAGAACCUCAAAAGUGAAAUUGCUUCUCUAAAGACGAAAGUGGAAGAAUCAGAACUAGAGUUACAAUCGCUUCAGAAGCUGAUGGAAAAGGAAUGCAGUCGAGGACAAAGUAUGUCCAGACAAAUAAUCAGCCUUAGAGAUGAGAGAAAUACAAUCAAAACUAAAUAUGAGCAACUCAUAUCCCAGAAAAACCUCAACAAUGUGACCAAAUCUUCAAAAGCCUUGCAGACUGAGAUUGCAGAUGCUAGGCAGCAGUUAGAAGCAACAAAGGAAGAGCUUGUUUAUGAAAGAGAGUUUAGUUCUAAUCUUCAAUUGCAACUCCAAAAGACACAAAACUCAAACUCUGAGCUGCUUUUGGCAGUGAGAGAACUUGAAGCAAUGCUAGAACAAAAGAAUAAGGAAUUGUUGGAAAAUACUAAAGAGCAUGAUUAUGCCACAGAAUUAGGUCUCUUGAAGCAGAAAACUGCAGACCAGAAUGGUGAGAUAGACAAUUGUUAUAAGCAACGUGAAGAGCUAAAUGAACAUAUAAAAGAGCUCCACUUUGAAUGUGAGCUUCUGAAGAAAGAAAACCUGGGUAUCUCUUUGAGAUUAAGACAUGGAGAAGCACAAAAAAUUGUUUGGCAAAAUAAACAUUCAGCUUCUUUGGCAACUAUAGAACAACUUGAAUCACAAGUACAGAGAUUAGAAGAAAAGAUAAAGAAUCAGGCAGAUGAUUUUUCAGAGACUUUGAUUUACAUCAAUGAACUUGAAAAUCAAGUCAGUGACUUGGAGAGAGAACUGACAACUCAAGCAGAAAAAUUCGAAAAAGAUUUACAUGCCAUGCAAUGUGCAAAAAAUGAGCAGGAAGAAAGGGCCACCCAAGCAGAGGAAACAUUGAUAAAAACAAGACACAGCAAUGAUCUCACAUGUCAGUGUUUUCAGAAAGUAGAAGAAAAUGAAAAGAAGACCAUGGAUGCUUAUGCAGAAGCUGAUGAAUUGCGGAAACAGAACAAACUAAUGGAAGAAAUGCUCCAGAAAUGCAAUCAAGAGCUCAGGCUUAUUACAAAUCACAAUGAAUCAAAACUGCAACAGCUCUUGAACCAAAUAGAUUCAAAACAGAAGGCAAUAGAAAUGAUGUCACAAGAACUAGAGAUUAAGUCCAAACAACUUGAAGAUGUACAAAGGCAUAGGGAUGAACAGUAUGAUGCAUUAUUGAAGCAAAUUCAAUUGCUCAGAAUUGAAAUUACAAAGCUGGUGGCAGAGGAGCAUGCAUUAUCUAAAACUGAGCCAAAAGAGCACAUAUCUACGAUGUUAAUGCAAGAGAACAAUGAUGAGGAGAUAAGGCUUGGCACCCUAAUGUCAGAAGUAGAAAUCCUUAAGACCCAGCACAAUGAAUUAAAACAUAGAUUGCACAUGGAACAAGCAGAGAAAGAAAAUAUGAAGAAAAAAAUAUCUCAAUUAGAAGGAGAGCUGAAUAAGAAGGAAGAAGAUCUAAGUGCUGUAGAAAGGAGGCUCGAGAAUAGCAAUGGACAAGCAACAGCCACAAAUAUUAAUUUGGCUUCAUGGCACUACGACAGUGCUGCAUAUUGUUCUUCCACUAAUGAAUACAAUAGGAUUUCAAAAUCAGAAAUGCACAAGGAAAUGGAUGAUGCAAACACCCCUGUUGACAAGUCUGAAAUAGGAAGAACGAUAUGCAUUUCAGCUGAGAACAAAGUUUAUCUAGCAUCACACACAAGUGAAGUGAAAACUUGCUUGGAAAAUGAGGUUAUCGUCUUCAAUAAUGAUAAUGCUGGCGAGUUUCAUACAAAUAAAUUGUUGAAUGAAGUGGAAGUACUUAAGGAAAUGAAUAGAUAUAUGGGAACUCAGCUGAAAGAAAUGGAAGAAAGAUAUUCAGAGAUUAGUCUUAAGUUCGCAGAGGUAGAGGGAGAAAGACAACAGCUUGUUAUGGCUCUACGUAAUUUCAGGAAUGGUAAGAACUAGAAUUCUUUACAGGCGUUAUUGCUCACAUACAAAAUACACAUGGGUUAUGAAGCAGACAGGAUAUCAUGGUCAUAUUGGUCGAAUUCAGAUCAAGCCAGUGUUUUUCACUUCAGUCGAAUCUACAUUUCACCUCCUCCAAUUUAAAUUUGCUGGGCUGCUUAGUUCAAUAUUUCUGGUCGAAUGAUGCGUUGAAUUGACAAGGUAGCUAUCGGUUGUGGCCUCAGAUAGGUUAUGUAGAAAAUGGAUUAUAAUUUAUCAUCUAUUUGAACGAUUUUGGGGUACAUAUAUUGCAAACAUUAUAGCCGAUAAA